CCGACUGCAACAGUUUCAGUUUAUCGAUUCCAAACGAAGUUCAAAAUGCUAAACACGCGUAAAACGUCCAUUGAAGUUCUCGUACUAACUGCAGGCGUAUACAUCGUUCUAGCGCAAGACCUGAUGUCGAGCCGAAUCACACAGCAUGGAUAUGUUUUCCCAGAGAAUGUUACCGUGGCCAUCGGUGGAACCGUUAACUUGAGAAUAGUGUUACCCAUGAAUCCGAACGAUCGCUGCUUGUAUCGUCGACCAGGAUCCGUCGAAGAUAUCGAUGUGCAUGCAGAUUCGCUCGCGAACCGUACCGAAUGUUCAAUCGAUAUUCUAGAAAUAGAACCCGCUGAUGCCGGAUUUUGGCGGUUAACAAUGAUUCGCGGAAGCACAAUGAUUCGGGGUCUUUCGAUGAUCAAUGUCAUUGACGUGCCAACGGUGCAAAACAACAGUGAUAUGGGCGCGAUUGGUGGGCUGGAAGAAAUAACGCCACGAGGAACGGACUAUUGCUACGUUUUGAGGAAUGCAAACGCUCCGAACAGACAUGUUCCUAUGUAUGGUCAGUGUACGCUUGAAAUGUCCGAUAUGGACCCUACCAGCAGUGGUCGAUGGAAUGUGAUAGCGGGAGUGCGGGGUUAUUUGCGUGAAAUUGAGUUUACCGUGGACAUUGAACAUCGAGAGGAACAAAUAGUGACCACGGUUAUGCGAGGCUGGGAUUACCUCAUACUGUUGUGCAGUCUUCGGGGUUCUCUUAAAACGGUCAAAUUCUGCCGCUUCCAACGGCUGUCCGACAACAGAGGUAUCAAUUUGCACGAAGGUUUAGGGCUAGAUCGAUAUCACUACCAUGGAAAUGGAUUCGAAACCGGAGACUGUGGGCUUCAAAUAGAUACACCAGAUUCCAUCGACAAGGGGUUGUGGACAUGUUCGCUUGGAUAUGGGAACGAUACUAUAACGAAAUUUUCUGGAGCCAUCCUGGAUGGUAGUGAGCAAGAAGCCGAACUUUCCAUAAUAAACGUUGAAGACGUUGAUGUUUUAAAUGGAACGGGUAUAACCAUUCAGUGCAACGCCAAUAAACCACUAGAUUAUUGUUGGUUCAAGGAUCCAUCGGGGAAUAUAUACUCAGUGUCAGAUAAUUCUGUAGACAAUGCUUAUGGUGUCCGUUUUCGAUACCAUGGCAUCUCCUUACAGAUGGGUGAUUGUGGAAUAGAACUCAACACAACUGCGGACGUCAUGGCUGGGCAGUGGAGCUGCCAUAUUGGCAGCAGCAAAUUUUCAGCACUAGAAGUAUCGAGGUAUAUCAAUGUACGAAUAAGUAAUUCGCAGAUGAUUGGUUCGUCCAACACACUACGAGCCACCCUAGGUGCUGCUUUGGUGUUAGAAUGUUCUUCGAUCCCAAAGCGUACUCCUUUGAAGUACUGCCGAUAUGUGACACCCUCCGGUCAGGCGUUCAGUCUUGGAGAAAAUGUAACCUCUGAAGAAGCGAUUCUUGGAAAUUACUUCGCCACACCCAAUCAUGAUCCCAAGAAAGGAUCCUGCUCGCUCGUAGUCAAAAAUAUCAGCCCGUUUGAUAUCGGCCAGUGGACAUGCGCUGGCAAAAUAGCCGGACAAACGGUGGAGCAUUACGCUACUAUAGAGAUUACCGGUGAGCUGAAACGCUCAACAGAGCUCAACGCUGCCUCAAUCUUUGGCAUGACAAUCGGUGCCAUUCUGAUUUUGCUCACAGCCGUUGGUUUUGUGUGCUACAGUUUCCGACAGAAAAUACGGAGACGGGUGGCUGCUAUCAAUCAGGAAAUAGAGAUGCGGGAGGGUCGCAUCGUAAGGGAUUUCCAGCGGAUUAGCGAUGCGAGUGGCGCCAGCGAUAGUACCGACCAAAAUCGGAUGACUGCCGAAAGUCGACUGUAGGUUUUUUGAGAUUAUUUGGACCAUGUUUUGAUGAAUGUUCCUAAUCGUUCAGUUACUAUCACCUUCUUGUCCUACAAACUAAUUGGCAAAAGCACCUGACAAACUCAUUUGAAGCACGCUUGUGAUAGUUUCAGUAAAAGUUCUUAGUAGGUUAGGAGAGUAGAAAUGAAUCCGGUUUCGCGUCUUUACGGUACACAAUUGGAUUUCUAUUUGUGUUCGAAAUGUUUUUCGCCAAAAAAGAUUUUAGAGGAGUUUCGGGCUGGAACUUUUAAAUUAAAUAUAUCAAUUGAUCAGU